AAACAACAUAAGCAGAUCAAGCUCAACCAAAUUGUCUACGAUGGCUGCCUCUACCAAAAUCACGGUGGUGCACCGCUGUUCUAUCUCUCCGCCGCGGCGGUCGGUGCCGCCGGCGUCACUUCCCCUCACCUUCUUCGACGUUCCUUGGCUUCUUUUCUCACCGGCGCAGCCUCUCUUCUUCUACGACUUCCCCACCACCACCGCUCACUUCACUCAGACAAUCCUCCCAAAUCUAAAGCAUACCCUUUCCCUCGCUCUCCGGCACUUCUUCACCUUCGCCGGAAAAUUGGAGACACCUCCGCCGCCGGGGGAACCACGGCUUCAAUACUCGGAAGGCGAUUCCGUUUCCCUGACUGUUGCGGAGGCGGCGGCGGCGGCGUGGGGCGGUGGCUUCGAGCAACUCACCGGGAACCACCAGAAAAUUGCCAGAGAAUUUCACUGCCUUGUGCCGGCGCUGCGGCGGGGAGUGGGUCAGAAGCAGCCGCCAUUGUUGGCCGUGCAAAUUACGGUGUUUCCUGGAGCGGGGAUUUGCGUCGGGUUCGCAUUGCGCCACGUCGCCGGCGACUGCCGGACGUUCGAUAAUUUCUUGAAGGCGUGGGCUUCUCUGAGCGCCGACGAGAUCCCGGAGAUAGACCCGAUCGUGGCCUCCCACGACAGGUCCGUGAUAAGAGAUCCGGCGGGGCUCGCGGAGAGCUUCCUCAAAGAGUGGCGGAGCGCCGCGGCGGGGAAGAGAGACGACGCCGGCAACGAGGCGGAUUGGUCGGCGUACGACGUGAUGACCAGAGCGACAUUCGUGAUGGGCCCAAAGGAAAUGGAAAGAGUCAAGAAAUGGAUCCUGGGUCGAUCCGAAACCCUAUUCGGGUCGACCCGGAUCUACCUCUCGCCCUACGUCCUCACCUGCGCCGUCGUCUGGGUGUGCUGGAUGAAAUCCCACGGCUGGUCCGCCACCGCCGACGUCCAUUAUCUCGGCUUCAUCGCCGGAGGUGUCACUCGGGUGGGCUACACGGUCCCCACCGCCUACGUCGGAAACUGCGUCGGUUUCGGCCGCGCCGCCGCGGCCAGAUCCGACUUGCUCGGCGAGAACGGGGUGGCUCACGCCGCGAAAGCCCUCGGCGACACGAUUGAGAGGCUAAACGGCGACGUAUUGGGCGGGGCGAAGAACUGGAUAUCCGAAUGGGAGGAGAUCCGCGAGUCGGAGCUCCACGUGACGCUGACCGGGUCGCCGAAAGUGGAUCUAUACGGAUUGGAUUUCGGGUGGGGCAGACCCGUGAAGAUGGAGGAGGUGUCGAUUGAUAAGACAGGUGGCAUAUCGCUGUGCGAGGGUCGAGAGGUUGUCGGGAGCAUCGAAAUCGGGUUGACCCUGCCCAAGUCCAAAAUGGAUAAUUUCGCUAUUCUAUUUCGAAAAGGGCUCCUAAAUUAGCAAUAGGAGAUUUCUAAUUCCCAUUCCAUGUGUAUUCAAUAUUUCUUUCUUUCUUUGUAAGACUUUUUCUACCGUUGGUUGUGAGGUCUGAAUAUGUAUGUAUAAAUGAUUGAUUAGAUUAAUAAAAUAUUACGCACCAGCUGCCCGUGUCACGGGAAGA